UGUUGUCAGGUGUCAUCCAACGCUUCCAUACGAAAGUUUGACAUUAUUAAACAUACUUUAGACUUUUUGUCAAAAGUGCGUCAUUUGUGUUAUUUGCAGUGAUUUGUAAAUUGUGUGUUCGCGAAAAAAUGGAAUUAACGCGAGAAAAUUAUUAUCACACCUUCAACAUGGAUUAGCAAGACAAGAGUACAUCGAUCAACUUAUUGUUACAAUUGACGAUGAAACUCCAUCCUUUGUCACUGUGAAACGCUGGUACAAUGAUUUUAAUCGUGACCGUAUUUCACUCACUGACAAAAUCCGAGAAGGGCGUUGUUAUGCCAAAAUCAGUUGUUGUGCUAGACAUUGAUGCUGAUACUCAUAAUGGAAUAUCGUCGCGCGACAUAGUGUGAGAUUGAAUGAUUAAAGCAUUAGUUCAAUCCGCAUAUAUAAAAUAUUGCACAAUCAUUUUGACGUGAAAAAGGUUUUCGUUCUCGAUGAAUCCCCCAUCAUUGAUCAUUUGACAAAAUCUCAAAAAACUGCUCGUGUCGAUUGGUACACACAGCACACAAAUGCUCAAGAAGUACAAUGGUAGUGCUUCAAAUGAUGUAUACGAGUAUAUGAUUGUAACAGGUGACGAAUCAUGGAUAUACUCGUAUGUGUAUGAGCCGGAACGUAAACAACAGUUGACUGUAUGAAUGCUUCAAGAUGAACCAAAUCCAACAAAAGUUUUUUGUGCUCGAAGCACAUCCAAACAAAUGGUCGCAAUUAUUUGUUCAACGGAAGUUUUCAGUGAAAUACGGAAAACAAACUACCGCCGUCAGAUCAUUCUCAAUCUCAAUAAAUACAAUGCGAGUGUUCACACAUUUCAUCUAACAACCAACUAUUUGAUUAUUCUAAAAAUCGAAUUGAUGGGUCAUCCGGCUGAUUUACAUACAGUCCCGAUUUGGCACUCAAUGACUUUUAACAACCUUCUUGUUCCCGAACGUUAAGAAUAAAUUGCGUGGACAACGAUUGUUAAUUUUUGUCUGCGGAGCAAGCAGAAGCCGUUGUUGCAUUUAAAAACCAUGUUUUGAAAGUGUCUGAAGUAGAUUAGAAAAAAUGCUUUGACAAAUGGUUCGAACGCAUGCAAACAUGUACAAGUAUUAAUCAUAAAAGAGAAUACUUCGAGAAACAAUAAAGUAAUUUUCAACGACAUGUUAGUAUGUUUUCAUUAUUAGGUUUAAAAUGUAAAUAGUGACCUGACCCUAGAAGAUAAAAAAUACUGCUUUGCAGUGUCAUAAGUGAAAAAACUAAUACAUGGUGGGUUCGUUGGUAUAACCUUCUAUAAUGUAACUCGCAUAUAUGUAUGCAACUUAUUUAUGUUUUUACACUUUAUUGUAUCUUAUAAAUAUACAGGUUCUCCAGUACUAGGUCCUUUAUCUUAAACAAAAAAAAAAAAACAUUUCACAAAUCAUAUCUCGAACCCGGUUUCUUUUUAAACAAUGUGUGUGUCAAUACUUAUUUCGGUCGAUGUUUGUUGUUCCCGUACUUUGUACAUAUAAGUAUGUAUGUAUGUAAGAAAUUGUCUUUGUUUGAAGAAUUGCGUAGUCUUCGCUUUAGUUUUCCAUAUGUAUUUAAUCGAAAACAUCUGCAGGUCUUUUACGUGCAGGUAAUAAUUUCAUUCUCAAUAUUGAACUGCAAGGCAAACGUCCAUUCACUGUUUUAAGAUAUAUUAUCGAAUCGAUUAAUGAUCAAUUUAUUUUUACAUAAUUUAAAAAUUAAUAAUAAUAUGAUAAACAAAAUAAAUGUUUUUGUUUGUUUGCUGUGUUUCGGUAGUAUUGUGAAAGGAAACCUCAAAGACGGCAAAGUAUCCUGCAGAGACGAGUCUGGAUCAGAAGUAGAUUGGUAUUACCUAUAUAAGCUACCUAAACAUUAUCAAAAUGAACCUACUGAUACAAGUGGUUUGCGCUAUCUCUAUAUUACAAGUAACAAUCAGGAUAAUUGGCAAUUUUCAAGCCGUUUUAUAAAUGAGUCUACAUCCUUCCCGGGACGCACCUUAGAAGCUUUCGCUACUGAUCCUGAGGUAUUACUUAUUGCUUAUAAUGAUGAAUUUCCAAACAACACUGUUGUAUUCGACCAUGGACACACAAAAGGUGUUGUAGCAACUGAUGGUAAAACGGCUAUUUGGUUAAUACAUUCCGUGCCAAAAUUUCCCUCAAUUCCUACUUAUGAAUAUCCCAAGUCUGGCGAACAUUAUGGACAAAGCUUUUUAUGUUUGACGCUGCCAGAUAGCGAAAUGCAUAAAAUUGGCCAGCAGUUGAUAUUUAAUGAACCAAAUAUUUACUACACACGCGUACCGGCUGCACUGAAAGGCAAGUACCCAGAAUUGGAUGUUGCCAUCGAGGGCAAAUGGAAAACGAAACCACCAUAUCACAACAUUGUCGAUUUAAUGACUUCAGGCAAAAAUAAUUUUAAGUCUUUUGCCAAAAGUGUUAAGUAUGGCCUAGAACUAUACGAGGACUUUGUAGCACCAACUUUGGAUGUCAAUCUGUUGGUGGAAGGUUGGCGAAAUGGUCCUGGAAAUUUAGGUUCUAAUUGUUCUGCAAAUGAUAAAGUGUAUAAUAUUUUAUAUAUUAAAAAUCAAAAUUUCGAUGUGUCAUUUAAGACCACAAAUGAUCACUCGAAAUGGGCAGUUUCUGAAGCAACUGGUCUAAAGAUUUGGCGUUGGAGAAUUGGUGGUGCCGAUUGGAUUUGUGUGGGUGAUAUAAAUAGACAGGAACAUCAAUCAGUGCGUGGUGGUGGAACUGUUUGUCAGAAAAAUGCUUCAGUUGUAAAAUUAUAUCGUGAAUUAGCGAAUGAAUUAGAACCCUGUUCGUAGUAUAUAUUAAAAAUAAUUGCUAAACAAUUCUAAUGUUCAGCAUAUGACAGUGAAAAAAAUUGCUGUAUAUUAGAAUCCGAAGGAGCAUAUAAUAUGUAAAAUUAAAAUAAUAAAAAUAUAUAAUU